AUGGGUUCGGCUGAAAGUAGUGAUGAGGAAAAUCAGCCAUUGUCAAAAUCCAAGAUUGUCGAGCGUAAAAUUAAGGAUAGAACUAUAAGGAUAGCCAAACCAAUACAAAAAACUAUAUCGUUUUCGGAUAGUUCUGAUGACAAUGAGAAAAUACCAAACGAAAAACCUCCUCCUAAAAAAACUCCUACGAGAAAGAAAGAUGUUGAAAUCAAAAUCAAUCGAGCUCCUUCACCAGAAAGCGAUUCUGAUAAAUCUGAUAAAGAAUCAAUCACAAUUAACGCAAAUCAACAGAAAAAAUACCAAGAAUUAGACAAAAUAAUACAACAAGCCAUUGACAACCAAUCUUCAGACGAUGAUUCCGAUGAAAAUGAAGUUGUAAUUAUUCCAAAGCAAUUAAAUAAAGUACAAACAUCAGAAAGCAACUCCCAAUCAUACGAUGAGUAUGGUAUUGCAAUAUACUCAGAUAGCGAAGAUGUUGAAAAAUUGGAAGAAAAUAUCAAGAAGAAAUAUGAAAUUGUUGAUGAUAAUGAUGAUUCUGAUGAAGAUGUUGUUAUACAAGAUGUUAAAAAGAGUAAAAACAAAGAAACAGAGAAAAAACAAAAUAUUUAUUCAGAAGUUUUGAUAGAUGAUGCAAAAGAAGUACCAGACUAUCUAUUUAAGCAAGUACACGUACCAGAAAUCUUCAAGAAAUACAUCCAAAUCCAACAACUUUUAAAUAAUUUGAAAGCAGACAAUUUAAACACAAUUGUGAACGAAAUAAUAUCAUUAACUAUUGACAUUGAUAACCUAUUUGAAGUUUUCAAGCUUAUCCAUUGCUUUUCGAAGCCAAGAGGAAAAGAUUCAAUUUUAUUUUCCCAAAUUUUCACCAAAAUGGUCAUAGCUUUUGGCGAACCCUUUAAGAAGAUUGUUGUUGCCAAUGCACAAGGUAAUAUUCUCUAUCAAAUGUAUGAAAACGGAACAAUUACAAUUGAUGAGAUCCGAAAGCGCCAAGAGAACUUUACAGACCUUGUUUACUUCUUUUUACCAGAACUAGGCAUCACUAGAAUGAAUUCAUUGAAAGAUUCCAAUCAUUUUUCUAAUAUCAGAAAGAAUAUCAACAAAUUGAAAGAAAAUGACUGGGCGAUCUACAAAUACAUGAGGAAAUAUGGAUAUGAACAAAACUCUGUUGGUUUGGCCCUCAAAAACGAUGAUAUUGUUUUGUUCAAAUCAUUAGUCAAAAUUAAUCCGAAAAAUUUGACGAAUUUGAUACAAAUCGGUCAAUUUGAUGGUGAUUCAACACUUAUGACUCCUAUUUGUGCAAGUGCUCAUUACGGGAGUGAUGAUUGUUUUGAUUUUUUGUUGAUGCAAAACGUAGAAAUCGAUUCCAGUGCUAUAAAAACAUGUUCUUUCUAUGGUGGCUCUUUGCAUAUUGUUUCCGCAUUGAGUAGAAGAGGUGUUGACUUCUCUGACAUGCUUAGAAACGCUUCCGCUGAACACAGAUAUGAGUUGUUCAACUAUUUGGUUGAAAGCAAAGCAGAUUUGAAUAUAACUUAUCAAUCAAUGAUAAAUUCUGAAAAUUUGGCCGUUUUUGUUUACACGAUGAAUAAUAAUGAUGCUAUGGAAUUUGAUGCAGAUUUUAUCUUUAGAAUGGCUGCUAUUGGUGGUUCUCUUUCUGUAUGUAAAUAUCUUGUUGAUGACGGACAAGCAGAUCCUAACAAGAAAAGAGGAAAAGAACAAAAAUCUUUGUUGAUUUCGAGCAGCGAAAACGGAAGAAGUGAAAUUGUUUCUUUUCUUUUGACACUCAAAAACAUAGAUAUAGAACUAAGAGAUAGAAAAGGUCAAACGGCUCUUCAUUGGGCAUGCCUCAAAGAUCAUCCUGAAUGUGUUAAAAUACUAUUAAAGAAUGGAGCGAAUAUUGAAGUAAGAGAUGAAAUUGGAGAAACCCCUUUGAUAAAAGCAGCUCAAUCUGGAAGUGUUGAAUGUGCUUCGAUUUUAUUGGAAAAUGGUGCUGAUAUAAAUGGUCAAAGUUUUUAUAGAAUGACUCCACUUUUGGUAGGAGCAAGAGAAAAUAAUUAUGAUGUUUGCGAAUUCCUUACUUCUAAAGGUGCUGAUGUAACAUUGGUUGAGAAAUCAUCAAUGUCUGUGUUGCAUUAUUCUGCAAAUAACUUGAAUUUGCUUAAAUUGUUCGUUAGACAUGGAGCUAAUGUGAAUUACGCCAUGGCUGAUGGAACAAAGCCAAUUGAUUGGUGCGAAACUCCUGCAUGUGAAAAAUUCUUAUUGAAUAGUGGUUCAAUACCAAAACAAGCCCCUAUAUCAUGA